AUGGAGGACCCAGAAUUGCGUCAACUGAAGCUGGACAAUCAGCGUUCCCUUUUGAUGAAGAAGCAGCAGAGAAGGAGGGCCGAUACCCAAAUGGUCACAGCCAAUAGGGACGCUCGCCCCAAGAAAAGCAAGCAGAAGACUGGAGCAGAUGACACAGACCUGUUGAUUACUCAAUCCCAGAGCAACAACUCCUUAAAUGCUGAAGAGGCCCAUGAUAAUCCACUGGAGGAAAUUACUCUGGGAGAGCUCAGCCUAAAAGCCACUGAUGCUACAGAUGAGAUGCCCCCCGAGAAACCCAUCAUCACCAAAACUAUGGACGUGGAAAUUGACAGCCAGCCAAAGCCUAAACUUAGUACAGAAAAUGAAGGCCCAGCGGAAGUGAAAAAAAAAGAAAAGGAGAAGAAAGAGAAAGGUGUGAAAAAGGAGAAGGCGCAAGCAAAACCAAGGUGCCAAAUAAGUGACAAUGAGAGGGAGGAAGAUGAAAUUCUUGAAAGAGAGAAAAAAGAGAAAACUCCAAAAAAGCUAAAAAAAGCUGAGAAAGCCAAUCUCGCACUGCUUAACUCCAACUACAGGCAGCAGGACACCUCAGACAGUGACGACAACAUUGGAAGAGUGACAACUCCUGUCUCAGUUGAAGAUCUUGAAAAGUUUGCCCUGCAUCCAGCCCCUAGAGAUACAACAAUCCAGUGCAGAAUCACUCGGGACAGGCGGGGCGUGGAGAAAGGAAUGUACCCCACUUACUAUCUCCAUAUGGAGAAGGAGGAUGGGAAGAGGGUGUUUUUAAUGGCAGGCAGGAAGAGGAAGAAGUGCAAAACCUCCAAUUAUCUAAUUUCCAUUGAUCCAACAGAACUUUCCAGAGACACAGACAGUUAUAUAGGCAAACUAAGAUCAAAUGUGCUAGGCACCAAAUUCACAGUGUUUGACGGCGGGGAUAACCCUGAUAAGAAACCUUUCGUCAAAGAGUGUGAGUCAGUUCGGCAAGAGCUUGCCGCAAUCUGUUAUGAGAAGAAUGUUCUAGGUUUCAAAGGCCCCAGGAAAAUGACGGUGGUUAUUCCUGGCAUGAUGGAGAAUGAUGAGAGAGUGUGCAUUCGCCCAAAAAGUGAUAUAGAGUCUCUGCUCUCCCGCUAUGAGAAUGGUAACACUGACAACCUAGUGUGCCUCAUGAACAAGUCCCCCAGCUGGAACGAACAGACACAGUCCUACGUGCUCAAUUUCCACGGCCGCGUCACACAGGCCUCCGUCAAAAACUUCCAAAUCGUUCACCCUGACAACGAGGACUACAUUGUGAUGCAGUUUGGCCGGGUGGCAGAGGACGUAUUCUCCAUGGACUAUAGCUUCCCUAUGUGUCCCCUGCAGGCCUUCGCCAUCACGCUCUCCUCCUUCGAUGGCAAACUGGCUUGUGAGUGA